GCACUGUCAGACUGCCCCAGUGCGGAGUCCCCUGAGGAGAAAGGCGGGAGUCCCGAGUUGGGGAUGGGGGUGACAGGCGGGCCCGCGGAGGGCUCCGAGAGUGGCGAGGGAGUGUGCGUGCCGUCCCGGCCGGCGGGGAGAAGCGGGCGGGAGCUGCAGGUGCACGCGCGGCCCCGCCGUCCCCACGCGCCUGCCCCGCGCGGCAGAGCCCCCGCAGCAGUCCGGGGUCGAAGCGGGGAGCCGAGAGCGUAGUUCAAAGAACUGCUGGUUCAGGUUUUAGCUCUUGCCAAGUUGUGAAAAUAGUGAAGGAUGCUUAGACUACUUAAUAUUCAAAUUGCUCUAUGGUUAAUCAUCUUUAGAAGACUGGAUUUCUGGAUAACUACUCUACUCCAUCUCUAUUGACUUUUAAAAUAUGAUAAUGCAAACUUAUAACAUUGGCAAUCAUCUGUGAACCUAUAAUUGCAUUGAUUCAUAGAAGUUGAAGCUUCCUCAGGGAGUAAACAAUGACAUCAGCAGUGGUUGACAAUGGAGGUUCUGUUUUGGAGCUUUCCAGCAAUGGAGUAGAAAAUCAAGAGGAAAGUGAAAAGGUUUCUGAAUACCCAGCAGUGAUUGUGGAGCCAGUACCAAGUGCCAGAUUAGAGCAGGGCUAUGCAGCCCAGGUUCUGGUUUAUGAUGAUGAGACUUAUAUGAUGCAAGAUGUGGCAGAAGAACAAGAAGUUGAGACCGAGAAUGUGGAAACAGUGGAAGCCUCAGUUCAUAGCAGUAAUGCACACUGUACAGAUAAGACGAUUGAAGCUGCUGAAGCCUUGCUUCAUAUGGAAUCUCCUACCUGCUUGAGGGAUGCAAGAAGUCCUGUGGAAGUGUUUGUUCCUCCUUGUGUAUCAACUCCAGAAUUUAUCCAUGCUGCUAUGAGGCCAGAUGUCAUUACAGAAACUGUAGUGGAGGUGUCGACUGAAGAAUCUGAACCAAUGGAUACCUCUCCUAUUCCUACGUCACCAGAGAGCCAUGAACCAAUGAAAAAGAAAAAAGUUGGCCGUAAACCAAAAACCCAGCAAUCACCAAUUUCCAAUGGGUCUCCUGAGUUAGGUAUCAAGAAGAAACCCAGAGAAGGAAAAGGAAACACAACCUAUUUGUGGGAGUUUCUUUUAGAUCUACUUCAAGAUAAAAAUACGUGUCCUCGAUAUAUUAAGUGGACUCAGAGAGAGAAGGGUAUAUUCAAGCUUGUGGAUUCAAAGGCUGUCUCUAAGCUUUGGGGAAAGCAUAAGAACAAACCGGACAUGAAUUAUGAAACUAUGGGACGAGCUUUAAGAUACUACUACCAACGGGGAAUUCUUGCAAAGGUUGAAGGUCAGAGGCUUGUGUAUCAGUUCAAGGAUAUGCCCAAAAACAUAGUGGUCAUAGAUGAUGACAAAAGUGAAACCUGCAAUGAAGAUUUAGCAGCAGCUGCUGAUGAGAAAUCAUUAGAACGAGUGUCACUGUCUGCAGAAAGUCUCCUGAAAGCAGCAACUUCUGUUCGUGGUGGAAAAAACUCUUCUCCUAUAAACUGCUCCAGAACAGAAAAAGGUGUAGCUAGAGUGGUGAAUAUCACUUCCCCUGCUCAUGAUGCCUCCUCCAGGUCUCCGACCACUACGGCUUCUGUAUCAGCAGCAACAGCUCCAAGGACAGUUCGUGUGGCAAUGCAAGUACCUGUUGUAAUGACAUCAUUGGGUCAGAAGAUUUCAACUGUGGCAGUUCAGUCAGUUAAUGCAGGUGCACCAUUAAUAACCAGCACUAGUCCAACAACAGCGACUUCUCCAAAGGUAGUCAUUCAGACAAUCCCUACUGUGAUGCCAGCCUCUGCUGAAAACGGAGACAAAAUCACCAUGCAGCCUGCCAAAAUCAUUACCAUCCCAGCUACACAGCUUGCACAGUGUCAACUGCAGACAAAGUCCAAUUUGACUGGAUCAGGAAGCAUUAACAUUGUUGGAACCCCAUUGGCUGUGAGAGCACUUACCCCUGUUUCAAUAGCCCAUGGCACACCUGUAAUGAGACUAUCAGUGCCCACUCAACAGGCAUCUGGCCAGACUCCUCCUCGAGUUAUCAGUGCGGUCAUAAAAGGGCCAGAGGUUAAAUCAGAAGCAGUAGUAAAAAAGCAGGAACAUGAUGUGAAAACUUUGCAGCUGGUAGAAGAAAAACCGGCAGAUGGAAAUAAGACAGUGACCCACGUGGUGGUUGUCAGCGCCCCUUCAGCUCUCGCCCUUCCGGUAACUAUGAAGACCGAAGGACUAGUGACAUGUGAGAAAUAAAGAGCAGUUCCACUGUGGACUUUUAGACUGUUAGUGGUAGUACUGACAUAAAUGUUUGCAAGGGAAGUCAUCAAGAAAAGUCAAAGGAAGACUUUAAAACAUUUUUAAUGCUUAUAAGAAAACAAUCAAACUUACUGGAAAUAAAUUACCUAUCCCAUGUUUCAGUGGGAAAUGAACUACACAUUGAGAUGCUGACAGAAAACUGCCUCUUACAGUAGGAAACAACAGCCCAGCAAUAAGGAAAAGGAUUGAAAGGGACCAAGCAGCUCACUACAAUAUCAAGUUACACUAAGACUUGGAACACUAACAUCUGUAAGAGGCUAUAUAGUUUUCAGUGGGGAGGGAUUGGGAUGGGUGAUCUCAUUGUUACAUAGAGCAAUUUUUGAUGCAUUUUAUAUGCAUACCAGCAAUUAUUACUGUGUUCGCACAGUACUCACUUAACUGGUGCUAUGUGAAGACUCUGCUAAUAUAGGUAUUAUAGAAUGUGAAUUGAAGAAUGGAUGGAUCCAAAAGCUUCAGAAAGAGGAUAGCAAAAAAGAUCUAGUGCGACUUUUUUUUUUUUUUUUUUUUUUAUCAUAUAGCUUAAGCUGAUUUAAAACAAAGGCCUUAGACUAAUUUUCGGUUUUCUUUCUUGAAAUAAGCUAAUGGCUUGUUUGUGUAAAGCUUUUUUAUUAAAAGAAAAAUUUUAAAAAUCUUGUACCUAGCACAGUAUUGUUAUAGAAUUUACAUGUAACAUUUUAUAUGGUAGUUUUAAGUCUGUCAKUUUCUUAAUUGUGGACAAAUUAACAGUUGGCUCUCUGGCCUUUUGCUGUAACAUGCCUGUGUCAUUCACUCAGCCCUGGUAUCUGUGCAGACACGUCAGUUUCAGUUCUACUGUCACUUGAAAGUUCAGGCGCAGCAUGAAUUUUUGUCGGGUAGCUCUAGUACCUGGCAUUUGUUUUCUUUCUUUUUCUUUUUUUUUUUCCUUAUUUCUUUUACUUUUUCUUUCUUUUUUAGUUAAAAGUUUAAGAGGGAAAGUACCAGUGUUCAGAUUUGAACUAUAAUAGUUUGUAUAUUCAACAUUUGAAGUAUAUUCUAUUUUGUUGUACUCUUGUUUCAAAGUGUAUUCA